AUGGCUCCUCGCGUUGCAAUCAUCAUUUACAGCAUGUACGGCCACAUUGCCAAGCUGGCUGAGUGCGUAAAGGCCGGCGUGGAAUCUGCUGGUGGUAGCGCCACGAUCCACCAAAUUGAAGAGACGCUCCCCGCAGAUGUUCUCGCUAAGAUGGGUGCCAACAAGCCCAGCUACGAGAUUUUCAAUCCCAACGACCUCGUCAACUACGACGCAUUCUUGUUCGGUGUACCCACUCGUUACGGCAACUUCCCCGCCCAGUGGAAGGCCUUCUGGGACAGGACCGGUGGCCUCUGGAUGAAGCAGGCGCUCCACGGAAAAUACGCAGGUGUGUUCGUGAGCACCGGUACUCCUGGCGGAGGACAGGAACAAACCAUUUCGAACUCGAUUUCGACUUUUGCGCACCACGGCCUCAUCUUUGUUCCUCUCGGAUACUACUCCACGGCCUACCCCCACCUCACCAGCUUUGAGAAGCCUCAUGGUGGAUCUCCUUGGGGAGCUGGUGCAUUCGCGGGUGCUGAUGGCUCUCGCCAACCUAAUGAAAUCGAGACGGCUAUUGCUCAAGCCCAGGGCGAGGCAUUCUGGAAAACCAUUUCCAAGGUCGCGUUUUGA